AUGAUGAGUGAUCUAUCUCAAGAUGGUAUAAACUAUUAUGUUGAUGAAAAAAAUACAAAAGAUGGAAACAGUACAACUUAUUGGAAGCGUUUUCGUUAUUUUCAUGAAAGUCCAGUGAUUAGCUAUCUGUGGUUUUUACUUGUAUUCAGUUACAUGAUGCUUUAUCAUCUUGAUGCUCGCAAUACAUUUGAUAUUCCUCAUUGGACUGAAAUUAAUGUGAUUAUUACUGUUUCAACUAUGCUUUUUGAAGAAGCUCGAAGACUUCGUUAUCAAUAUGUUACACGUAUGACUGAACGAUGGGGUUCAACAGGAUCUACGGCUUUCACAUUUUUAUCGAAUGUAUUUUAUGUUCUACCAUAUUUUUUGUUUUACAUGGGUCUUGGUUUUCGAUAUGGUAGUUACAACGAAGGUUUACUUCCUACUGCGAGAAUCAUUUGGGCACUUGAUCUUGCAUUGUGGUAUCUCCGAUCACUUAAGUUUAUUAUAGCUUUAAAAUUUUUAGGACCAAAAUUAUUGAUGCUAAAAAAUAUGCUUUGGGACUUAUUCGUUUUUGUCUAUAUGAUUUUUAUAGCAAUAGCUGCUUAUGCAGUUGUAUCUCGAGCAUUGAUUUUUUAUAAAGAAGUACCAUUUACCGGUCGUGGAAUUCUUAGUGAAAUUUUUUAUGAACCAUAUUGGUUUAUUUAUGGAGAAUUCUCAGAUAAAGAUUUACUUGAUGAGCGGAUUAAGAAUGGUACUAAUGCUGGAGGAGGAGGCGUUGCAGAAGCAACGGCGACACAUGUUUUGUUAGGAUUUCAUAUGUUAUUUAUUAAUAUUCUUUUACUCAAUUUAUUAGUUGCCGUUUUUGCGUAA